UGGGUGCCGCCGGGCAUGUCCGCCCCGGCGCAGCCCGCCGCUCCCGGCUCCUUCCAGAGCCCCCGGAGGCUCCCGAAGCGCAAGAGCCGCUUCAAGCGCUCGGACGGCAGCACCUCGUCCGACACCACCUCCAGCAUCCUCCGCAGGCAGGGCUCGGCAGACUCCUACACCAGCCGCCCGUCCCUGGACUCCGACGUGUCCCUGGACGAGGACCGCGAGGGCGCCCGGCGCGAGGUGGAGAGCCAGGCCCAGCAGCAGCUCGAGAGGGCCAAGCACAAGCCGGUCGCCUUCGCCGUGCGCACCAAUGUCAGCUACUGCGGGGCGCUGGACGAGGAGUGCCCGGUGCAGGGAGCCGCCAUCAACUUCGAAGCCAAAGAUUUCCUGCACAUCAAGGAGAAAUACAGCAAUGACUGGUGGAUUGGGCGCCUAGUGAAGGAGGGGGGGGACAUCGCCUUCAUCCCCAGCCCCCAGCGCCUGGAAGCCAUGAGGCUCAAGCAGGAGCAGAAAGCCAGGAGAGCUGGCAACGCCUCGGGCCUCGGCGACAGCGGGAACCGGCGAUCGCCUCCCCCCUCCUUAGCCAAGCAGAAGCAGAAGCAGACACAGCACAUCCCGCCCUACGACGUGGUCCCCUCCAUGCGGCCCGUGGUGCUGGUGGGGCCCUCGCUGAAAGGAUAUGAGGUCACCGACAUGAUGCAGAAAGCCCUCUUCGACUUCCUCAAGCACAGAUUUGACGGCAGGAUCUCCAUCACCCACAUCACAGCUGACCUCUCCCUGGCCAAGCGCUCCAUCCUCAACAACCUGGGCAAGCAGGCUAUUCUGGAGCGUUCCACCACCCGCUCCAGCAUCGCUGAGGUGCAGAGCGAGAUCGAGCGCAUCUUCGAGCUGGCCAAGUCCCUGCAGCUGGUGGUGCUGGAUGCCGACACCAUCAACCACCCGGCCCAGCUGGCCAAGACCUCGCUGGCACCCAUCAUCGUCUACGUCAAGGUGUCAUCCCCCAAGGUCCUGCAGCGGCUCAUCAAGUCCCGUGGCAAGUCCCAGGUGAAGCACCUCAACGUGCAGAUGAUGGCAGCCGACAAGCUGGUGCAGUGUCCCCCGGAGCUCUUCGACGUGAUCCUGGACGAGAACCAGCUGGAGGACGCCUGCGAGCACCUGGCCGAGUACCUGGAGGUGUACUGGCGCGCCACGCACCACCCACCGCACGCUCCCCACGCCGUGCCCUCGCCCACCGGCCUCCCGGGCCUGCAGAGCCAGCAGCUGCUGGGGGAGCGGGGGGAGCACUCGCCGCUGGAGCAUGACAGCCUGAUGCCAUCGGACGAGGCGGGGAGCGCCCGGGGGCAGCUGCCAUAA